CUUCAAAUUCACCACUCCAAAACCAAAACUUGCUCAACUUUAGCUUCUCAUUUCACAACAAUCAUGACACCCAUUUUCCAUUUGCUCCACUUAUGUCUCGCCCUCAAUCUUUUUCUAUUGGACCAAGUUAAACCCGAUCCCGACCCACUUCAAGAUUAUUGCGUCGCUAAUCCGAAACCCGCCUUAUCCUUUUAUACCAAUGGCGCGCCCUGCAUUGACCCAGCCCUUGCUCGCUCUUCCCAUUUCAGCACAUCAGUUCUCGCCAUGCCCGGAGACACAAAAGCCAACCCCUUCGGCUUUAACGUCACUCUAACAAACACCCUUAACUUGCCUGGUCUCAACACCAUGGGCCUCACCAUGGCCCGGGUUGACAUUGAAGCUAACGGACUUGUACCGCCUCAUUCGCACCCACGAGCCUCCGAGGUCAUCAUUUGCUUGGAGGGUUCCGUUCUUGUGGGCUUUGUGGACACCUCAGCCCGCCUCUUUACCCAAAAGUUAAGAGUGGGUGAGUCUUUUAUUUUUCCAAAGGGACUCAUUCAUUUUAUUUAUAAUAUGGACUCAAUGAGCCCAGCACUUGCCGUUUCCGGGAUGAACAGCCAAAAUCCAGGGGCCCAAGUUGGUUCUGUAGCCAUGUUUAAAUCAAAGCCGUUGAUUCCCGAUGAGGUGUUGAAGGGAGCAUUCCAGAUCAACGGCCAAGAUAUUGCCAGGAUCCGUAGAAAUCUUGGAGGGUCAUUAUUUUAAAUUUUGAUUAUUGAUUUAUUUAUUUAUGGUUGUCAUAUUAUUAUUAUUAUUAUUUGGGUGAAGGGAUGCGAUGCGUGUCAUGGAAGUCUGAAGUUUUUCACAUCAAAAUCGACCUCUUAACGGC